AUGGUUUUGACAAAGUGGAAGGAGCUGGGAUUUCCAUUAGUGAACAUCUUAGCUAACCUCAGAAUCAGAGACGCAUAUCCUGCUUUUGAUUUGACAACAAAUACUGGGAAGAUUUGGAGUGUCACAACAACGUUAUCAGAUGAGAUCCUUUGUAAAUCAAAAUUCAAAGUUAGCAUUUUGACAAACUGUUCAUCUCCUCCACUGCAUCUUACACCAUGUGCUAGCUGUAUUGUCCGUAACUUAGCUGUAGAGAUUCUCCAUUGCACAAAUCAAUAUCCAGCCCAGGAAGAGUGUUUUCUAAGUGUUUAUGGGUCUGAUGAAUUUUUGCAAAAUGAUCACGCUUUGGGCAGUCAUGAGAUUCUUCGCAAGGCAACCACCUCCAUUCAGCUUCGCCUACAGAAAGGCACCCGCUAUCAGCAAAGUUUGGCUCGAACGCUUGAAGAUGACCAAAGUCAGUUUAAUGUGAACCAGCUGCUACAAUAUACAUGUAUUUGGAAGGUGUCCAGGAAGAACCUUGUUACAUUUAUUAUGAAGUAUGGAGGUCAAGUGGAAUAUCUACUGCAAAAUGAGCUCUGCAGCGGGGCCCGGGGGCCUGCACUCACCGGCGGGGGGAAGUGCAGAGACCCGGCCCCAGCCGCGCCGCCGCAUAAAGUGGAUAAAGUGAUUGAAGAAGCUAAAGCAAUCUGCAGCGUUCUCUGUUCUGUGGAAACCAGGGCUAUUACUGAUGCAGUCAAGAAACUCCGUUCAGUGCCACUGGGAAAAACACAGAAUUCACUUCAAAACGUAGAAACUCCAGUCAGAGUCUUGAUAGAGAAUGCUGUGACAGAGCUGUCUGCAGCUAUCUCCCAUCUCAUCCAUGUUUUCAGCAGCAGCUUUCACACAGAUUUUCAGCCUGCAAAAAUACUUAGAAGCCCUUCAUGUGCAGAUGUCGACCUAGAUCCCCACUUUAGCUUCACUGUUUAUGCAGCCCACAACAUCCCAGCAGCCUGGCUGAAAAGCUACAAGCUCUUCUCUUGUUCCUGUUCUUUAACUUAUGGUGGGAAGAAAAUAUGUCAAGUGAAGAACUGCAAAAAUAUACCAGUUAAAAAGUUUUUUUUUCCCCUGGCAAACUGGAAUGAGAAAAUCAACUUCCCUCUACAAAUAAAAUCUCUUCCUAAUGAAACAAUAUUGACAAUAAAACUAUUUGGAGUAAAUAGUGUGUCUAAAAAUACAGAAAUACUGGCUUGGACAUGUUCCCCCUUGUAUCAAAAACAAAAGUUCAUUCAUGGAACCGUGCUGCUUAGCAUGGCAUUGUACAGUGAGCCUCCAACAACCAUGAUAGCUCCGGGCAUUUGUGACGCUAGUCUGCCAGCGCUAGUGACACUGCAGGUUGACUUUCCAGAAACGAAUUUGGAGUUUAUUAAACCUGAGCCUGAAGAGAAAAGAGAUGACCUGGAAGAGCCAGCUAAAGAGUGCUUGAAGCAUAUAGCAAGACUUUCACAGAAACAUUCUCUCUUGCUGUUGUUGGAGCAAGAGAGAAGAUUUUUAUGGUUUUAUCGUUCCUACUGCAAUAAUGAAAACUGUUCCCUUUCUUUGGUACUGGGCAGUGCCCCCAGUUGGGAUCGAAAGAGCAUAUCAGAAAUGUACAUGGUGUUGAGGGAAUGGAGCUUUUCUAACCCUUUGGAGGCACUUGGGCUUCUGACUUUCAGUUUUCCAGAUCAAGACAUUCGCAGAACUGCAGUCCAACAAAUGGAAAAUCUGUCAAAUGAUGAAUUGUUAGAAUACCUCCCACAGCUGGUUCAGGUGAUCAAGUUUGAGUGGAGUCUUGAAAGCCCUCUUGUGAAACUUCUGCUAUGCCGCUCUCUGCAGAGCAUCCAAGUAACUCAUCGACUUUACUGGCUGUUAAAGGAUGCACAGAAUGAAGCUCAUUUCAAAAGCUGGUAUCAGAAACUACUAGCUGCUGUCCAAUUCUGCGCAGGAAAAACCUUAAAUGAUGAGUUUUCUAAGGAGAAGAAACUUAUCAAAAUUCUGGGAGAUGUUGCUGAAAAAGUCAAGGCUGCCAGUGAUCCCAAAAAACAGGAGGUACUAAAGAUGGAAAUCAACAAACUUAAGCAGUUCUUCCAGGAGGUAAAUGUUUGCCGGCUUCCCCUGAAUCCUGCACUUGUUGUACGAGGCAUAGAUGCAGAUGCAUGUUCAUAUUUCACAUCCAAUGCUUUUCCAUUGAAAAUCUCCUUCAUCAAUACAGAGACACUGAGUAGAAACAUCAAUGUUAUUUUUAAGGUGGGAGAUGAUCUACGUCAGGAUAUGCUGGUUCUGCAGAUUAUUCGUGUGAUGGACAGAAUUUGGCUUCAGGAGGGACUCGAUAUGCAAAUGAUCAUUUAUAAGUGUUUAUCUACAGGAAAAGGCCAAGGACUAGUACAGAUGGUGUCAGAUGCUACAACUCUAGCCAAGAUCCACAGGGAGUCUGGACUGAUAGGACCACUGAAGGAAAACACAAUUAAAAAAUGGUUCAGUCAUCAUCAUCCUUUGGAAUCAAGUUACCAAGAGGCAAUACAGAAUUUCUUUCAUUCCUGUGCUGGCUGGUGCGUUGUUACCUUCAUUCUGGGAGUCUGUGACCGACACAAUGACAACAUCAUGCUGACAAACACUGGCCACAUGUUCCAUAUAGAUUUUGGAAAGAUUUUAGGUCAUGCACAAAAAUUUGGAAGCAUAAAAAGGGACCGAGCACCUUUUAUCUUCACUUCAGAGAUGGAGUAUUUCAUCACAGAAGGUGGAAAAAACCCACAGCGUUUCCAAGAGUUUGUGGAACUUUGCUGUCGAGCUUAUAAUAUAGUCAGGAAACACAGCCAAUUGCUCUUGAACCUGCUGGAGAUGAUGCUGCAUGCAGGGUUGCCUGAGCUGAACAGCGUCCAGGAUUUGAAGUAUGUGUAUGAUAACCUUCGUCCACAGGACUCAGACCUCCAAGCCACGAGCCACUUUACCAGGAAAAUAAAGGAAAGUUUAGAGUGCUUCCCUGUCAAACUCAACAACCUAAUCCAUACACUCGCACAAAUGUUAGCCACAGGCUUUGCCAAGCCUACAGAUUCACAGAGUGUUCCUCGGGAAUCCAACAUGCUGGAUGCAGAGAGGUCAAUUGCCCGAGCAACCAUUUUAGGGUUCAGCAAAAAGCCUGACUCUCUAUAUUUAGUCCAGGUGGUGCAAACCUGCCAGGUGGUCACCUUUGUGGAAAAAUCAUUCGAACAAUUUUCAAAACUUCACAGCCAUCUACAGAAGCAAUUUCCAUCACAUACCCUCCCGGAGUUUCCUCACUGGUGGCAUUUACCUUUUACGGAUCUUGAACACAAAAGAAUGAAAGACUUAAAUCUCUAUGUGAAGCAGUUGUUGAAUGGAUCCAGCAACCUGUCUAAUGAGGUACUGCAAACUCAGACUUACUAUGUAACUAAAAAUUCUAGAAUUAAAGAGAAUUGGACUACACUCAGCUUUCUGACUCAUAAUGAGCAUGUCCUCAGCUUUUUCCUCGAUGGGUCCAAAACCGACUGGCCGGAAGAAUCUGCACUUGUUAGCCUAGGUCCUAAAUCUACUGAACAGAAACCUGGAGUGCAGUUAGUCAUAUCCUAUGAGAGCACCCACCUGACAAUAUUGUUGAAACAUAUGAGGAAUAUUCAUCUCCCAGAUGGCUCUGCCCCAACUGCACAUGCUGAAUUUUAUCUUUUACCAGAUCCUGAUGAAGUCAGCAGAAGGAAGACGAAAGCAGUUCCAAAAAGCACUGACCCUACUUAUAAUGAAAUUGUGUUGAUGUGCUUUGCUUCAAAGCGGUUAAUGGCAUCAUGGCAAAUCUGCUGCUACCUUGCUCUGUCAUGGGCUGUUGCUUCCCAGUUACUGGGAUAG